AUGGCUUCAAGCGCGAAUAACUUCUUAUAUAUUGGAAGAGCUUAUUCCCGGCAUCAUUUCAGCGAUCCACCACGGAUAACAAUCUUUACCUCGCCACAAACUGAAGUCGAAGGAUCCGAUGUAACAAUUCGAUGCAACGCAUCUGGUACAGAGCCCUUGGGAGUAGCGAUUUUCCACCCAAACGGCUCGGUGCUGACCAACACUGGGAGCUACACGUUCAGUCCUAUCACAAGAAGAGAUUGGGGGACCUACACAUGCACCGUGAACAACGGCAACGAGUGUCCAGCUUAUACAAGAACAACGAGUAUCACUGUUAUCUAUAAACCAGAGAAAACAAGCCUAACACGUCUGGAAAGCUCUUACUGUCUGGGGACCAGCGUUUAUUUUAACUGCACAGCGAGGGGUGAACCAGAUGACAUCCACUACUCGCUUUUCGUCAACAAGACCCUUUUGAUAGAGAAGUCAAAUGGGGUAUUCAACUUGACGUUAAACACUUUAGGAACGCAUGAAUACACUUGUGUGCCGAAUAACACAGCAGGAAUUGGUCAGAAGAACACAUUCAGUAUUGAUAUGCAAGAAAAAAUAGAGUUCGUCAAUAUUUCAGCUCCAAUGGUAAAAAGAGGAGUUCCCUUUACCUUGGAGUGUACAACUAAUGUGGUUAGACCUGUCAGCAUCACUUGGUACAAGAACAGCGAAUGGUUUAGCAGCAAUAGAAGUCUGAUAUUUAGCGGGUCGUUGAAUGAUACCGGUUCUUACAGCUGCCUCGCGGAAAGUGCCUGCAACACCAAGCAAAGCGAAAGAGUCAAUAUUACGGUUACAUACGCCAAUAUGGAGAGAUAUUCCCUCAAAUGUAUAACGUCACCGGCUGUCAGUAUCACCAUAGAAACUAACAAGACCCCUCCUCCAGACAUCGUUUGCAUGAAUGACGGGAAAAGGUUACAAUCAAAAAUUACCAGUGCAACAGAAACUAAAGUCACCUACGAAGUGAAAUUGGCAAGUCUAGAAGAAAUAGAGGUGGAUUGCAACGCGGAAGGUUUUCCUGGAUCUCAGCACAAGUUCACCGUCGUUCCAGCAGGCUCUGAGCAAACCAGUAAUGGAAGUUUUAGGAUAACAAAUGUUCAGUACCCUCCAAGCAAACAAGUGAAAAGCAACAUUGAAAAAUUGGUCAGGGAGAGCAUUGAUACCACGUGUCUGAAAGAAAUCUUCUUGAGUUACGGGUCAGGGAGUGUACUCGUAUAUGUAUCUCUGGUUCUGACGGCAAACAUCGCGGAUCCCUUUGUACUACUCAAACAUGCACUCGUAAAAAAUGCGCCGAGAUACGGGUUUGCAAUAGAGCCAGCAAGCGUCAAAAUACAACUACCGGAGUCCUUACCACAGCUAAGUGACGUCAUGCCGGCAUCCAGCAGCCUCAAAGUCACGUGGUCAAACGCAACUCGUAAUGCGCAGUGUACGAUGCGCGCUAGACCUCUAGCUGGAGCGUCACGUGACUGGGUGACGUCAUCAGGUGUCAGUAAUUCAGCCUCUCUGUCGUGCGUGUUGGAUGAUCUUGAACCUGAAUCUCUGUACGAGGUGGAGGUCGCCGUGUCGGUGCGGGGAGACACGAGGCGUGACACGGUCUACAUCAGGACCAAAUCAGCUGUCGAGGUAAAUGAUCAGAACUCAACCAUUGUUGGUCUCGCUGUGCUGGUCGCCAUCUUGUUCUUGGUUAUCUUUGGUCUGAUUGUCUACAUCGUGGUGCUGAAGAGGGCAGGUCUUACAACAAGGAAAAGAAGACCUGAAGCUGAUAACCCAGGCUACUCUGGAUUCCAGAAUGUGGCAAUGCGAGAAAAUGCGAACCAAGACCAGCACACAACUCCAGAGAUGGGAGACUAUAAGGUCGCCCCAUCGGAAAAUAAGGGACCCAUCCCUGACCCCAUUCCACAAUACGAACCAGUGAAUAAUGCACCAGUACGAACACCCAACCGUAGAAACGUCACGCAAUACGAUGAUGUAACGAAAGGGGGCAAUGUCACUCAGUAUGAAGCUAUAAACAACCCGUCACGGGAUCAGCACGUGUCAGACAAUCGCCAGUACGAUAGCGUCGAUAGCACGAGAAUGAGUAGAGAGAAUCCCCUCGCGACGAGAGCAAGGAACGGCACAGGUGAUCAAGGCGAGCCAGGUUAUGAGAACACAAGAAAACAAGGUUUACCACGUGAAGUGUACCAAUCUUUACAGGCGACGACACAACACAGCGAGAAUGCGCAGUAUGCCCCACUGCAUCCUGGGACACGCAUUGCGGCCAGGCCUGGUGUUAGGGACGUGAGGGGUGUAGGCUCAGACAUAAGAGGGAGUGAGUACCAGGAGUUGCACAGGACUAAAGCCACGGAUCCAUGUUAUCAACGGGUAGGCAGUAGAGUCACUAGCUCAUAAGAUGCUCAUAUCGCGGAUCCAUGUGAUCAAAGGGUAGGCAGUAGAGUUACUAGCGCGUGAAAUGCUCAUAUCGAGAAUCCGUGUGAUCAACGGGUAGGCAGUAAAGUCACUAGUGCGUAGGAUGCUCUUAUCGAGGAUCCGUGUGAUCAAAGGGUAGGCAGUAGAGUUACUAGCGCAUAAGAUGCUAAUAUCGAGGAUCCGUGUGAUCAAAGGGUAGGCAGUAGAGUUACUAGCGCAUAAGAUGCUCAUAUCGAGGAUCCAUGUGAUCAAAGGAUAGGCAGUAGAGUCACUAGCGCAUAAGAUGCUCAUAUCGCGGAUCCAUGUGAUCAAAGGGUAGGCAGUAGAGUCAUUAGCGCGUGAAAUGCUCAUAUCGAGGAUCCAUGUUGUCAAAGGAUAGGCAGUAGAGUUACUAGCGCAUAAGAUGCUCAUAUCGCGGAUCGAUGUGAUCAAAGGGUAGGCAGUAGAGUUAUUAGCGCGUGAAAUGCUCAUAUCGAGGAUCCAUGUGAUCAAAGGGUAGGCAGUAGAGUUACUAGCGCAUAAGAUGCUCAUAUCGAGGAUCCAUGUGAUCAAAGGAUAGGCAGUAGAGUCACUAGCGCAUAAGAUGCUCAUAUCGCGGAUCCAUGUGAUCAAAGGGUAGGCAGUAGAGUCAUUAGCGCGUGAAAUGCUCAUAUCGAGGAUCCAUGUGAUCAAAGGGUAGGCAGUAGAGUUACUAGCGCAUAAGAUGCUCAUAUCGCGGAUCGAUGUGAUCAAAGGGUAGGCAGUAGAGUUAUUAGCGCGUGAAAUGCUCAUAUCGAGGAUCCAUGUGAUCAAAGGGUAGGCAGUAGAGUUACUAGCGCAUAAGAUGCUCUAUAUCGCGGAUCCAUGUGAUCAAAGGGUAGGCAGUAGAGUCACUAGCGCAUAAGUUGUUCAUAUCGCGGACCCAUGUGAUCAAAGGGUAGGCAGUAGAGUCACUAGCGCAUAAGAUGCCCAUAUCGCGGAUCCAUGUUAUCAGCGGGAAGGCAGUAGAGUUACUAGCGCAUAAGAUGCUCAUAUCGUGGAUCCAUGUUAUCAAAGGGUAGGCAGUAGAGUCACUAGUGCGUAGGAUGCUCAUAUCGAGGAUCCAUGAGAUCAACGGGUAGGCAGUAGAGUCACUAGCGCAUAAGAUGCUCAAAACGAGGAUCCAUGUGAUCAAAGGGUAGGCAGUAGAGUCACUAGCGCAUAAGAUGCUCAUAUCGAGGAUCCGUGUGAUCAAAGGGUAGGCUCUAGAAAUACCACUCGCGCGUAAGAUAGUCCCACAGACCCUUGCAAUCGUGUACAAAGAUAAUACCAGCGCUAUUAUAGCUGAAAAAACCUCGUAUACAGGUUAAUAUUAUCAAACGUUUUAGUCACUAGAAUUACCAUCAUAACUCGUAUUAUUAUACCCCAAUAGAUUUUUGUUACCCUACAAUGCUACGAACGCGUGAGGUCCAUAUCACAAUUGUCACAUCUGUUACCGUGUAACUGCAUGUUACCAAUCACACUGAACUGGAGAAAUCCUCAAGGAUUCCCGAUGCUGUCUAUCAUGGUAUCAUCGCUAUCAUCACGCUGUAAAAUAUCCGAAACAAUCAGGAUAAACACGACCGUUCUAAACGAAACCCUCGAACUGCUUCUAUUGCUACUCAGUAUCACAAAUAUCUUCCGACGCUUUAACUUGGGAUUGGCUGAAUACUGGGUAGUAGUCUUUGGAAUUCCAUCCAAGGUAUCCUAUUGUGUAGACCCGAAACAACACGCCUUGCACAGUUUGAGGUUCAUAGGGUGGUGUCACGCGGGACAAUUAUAACAGGGUGUCGGGGAUACGCUAGUACUUGUCACGCGGGAAAUUAACGCAAGGUGAUGGGUUUCGCUAUUUUUAUAACUUUGUAAUUUUAAACAAUUUACCGCCAAUUUGUGCCGGGAGUUAAUAAUGCGUUAAUAGUGUGUUACCUCCGUAGUCAAUAAUAACCAUGUAAUUGUUACGUAGGUCACGGCAGUCCAAGGGUAAGUCACUGGCACACCUACGUAGGAAGGUCGCCACCCAUAGGCUAAAAACCUUAUCCAAACGAAACUAAAUGCUUUUCGGGGUGUCAGUGAAGGUUCUCCGUUUGGGCUCCCCGUCUUAGGGAGAUACAAAGGGGGUUGAUAUGAUACCUCAAAUUAUUAUUCUUAAGAUCAUCUUAAUAUCUACUUGUAAAUCGUCUUGUACACACCGUAUAAAGCAGUUGUAACAGCGAAGAAGUCAAACUGGUACCCCCCCCCCCCCCCCCAGCUAAGUGGUCAUAGUUUAUAUGAUAAAAGAAUUCGUUACAAGUGGUUAGAGAACCCCAAAAAAUAACUAUUACACUGUUUUACUACUAACAUAAACUAUUUUGCGAAUGGUAUUUUACGAUUUUUGUAUUUCACACGCUUUUUGUUAUCAAUCCUAAACCCGGUUAUUUGAAACAUAAUAAUAAAAUAUUAUAAACAAA